AGAUUGAUCGAGAUCGAUCGAGAUCGCCGAGCGUCACAUGAUUACAAACCCUCGUCGCGGUGGAUGACUACGGGCGGGCGAUCGGCCGAGGAUAUUGGCGAACGCGGAGCACUCGGGACACUCCGUUCACGCUCGCGGCUGAUUAUCGAGCGUCCGCGCGUGACAACGUACGGGCCGUAGCUUGGUUAAAUCCGACCACCCCGCGCGGACGAUCUCGUCGACCAGGAUGAAGGUCUGCGGGCCCAAGUACGCUCUGUGCGGCCUAGUGCUGUCCGUCUGGGGCAUAUUCCAACUGCUCUUCAUGGGCAUAUUUUUCUACGUCCGGAGCGUGGCGCUGGUGGAGGAUCUGCCGUUAGGCGAGAAGGCCAACUUCACCUCGCUGGAGGAGUUCUACAAAAUAGUCGACCGGGGUUACACGCAGAACGCGUACAACUGCUGGAUCGCCGCGUGCAUUUACGUUCUCACCUUCCUCUUCUCCGGCCACCAGUUCUACCUCAACUCCAGGUCGUCCCUCAGCGUGUAAGCGGAGACGGAAUGACGCUGCACAACGACGCCGACGUGCGUUCGAUUUGUAAUAAUGUACUUCUAGGAAGAGAUCCGGGUUUUGAAUUUACUUUCAAGCUUGCGCCAUACAGUUACCCCACACUCAAGUUGUUAUCCAAAUGCAAUCCAAAUGGAAUGCCUGUAUUCCAAGUGUUUGUACGAGCGCAGAGGAUGUAUUUUUCGUCACGUACGCGCGCGUUAUUCAUAUUUCCAUCAGUGUACAUUAUAUAUGCAUAAUAUAUAUAUAUAUACUAAUAUAGCUGAAGACACAGAAGGAUACAAGGGAGAUCGUGUAACUCGCGGUGGUCUUACUAUGUUGGAAUUGGUUUUAUUCGUCGGUAGCAAUGUAUUUCAGUCGCGUCUAAAUUCCGCUUGUAUUGUUAGCGUAUUGUUAAUAUGAUUAAUAAAUUAAUCCUAAAGAGAAUAA